AUGGGUGCUUGUUGCUGUUGUCUGAAAGAUUCUUCAGAUGAAGCCAGUAUUUUACCCAUUGCCGAUAAUGAGCGUGAAGCAGUAACAUUGUUACUAGGAUAUUUAGAGGACAAAGAUAGAUUUGACUUCUACUCUGGAAAGCCCUUGAAGGCAUUGACUACAUUAGUUUAUUCGGAUAAUUUGAAUUUACAAAGAAGUGCAGCAUUAGCAUUUGCAGAGAUUACAGAGAAAUUUGUACGUCCAGUAUCUCGGGAUGUUUUAGAGCCCAUACUGAUUUUAUUGCAAAGUCAAGACCCGCAAAUUCAAGUCGCAGCAUGUGCUGCCUUAGGUAAUCUAGCAGUUAACAACGAUAAUAAGCUACUGAUUGUCGAUAUGGGUGGUCUAGAACCUCUAAUAAGUCAAAUGAUGGGAAACAAUGUUGAAGUGCAAUGCAAUGCUGUCGGUUGCAUCACAAAUUUGGCAACCCAAGAUGAUAAUAAACAUAAGAUUGCCACGUCUGGUGCCUUAGUUCCAUUGACAAGGUUAGCAAAGUCGAAGCACAUUAGAGUGCAAAGAAAUGCAACUGGCGCUUUACUGAAUAUGACUCAUUCCGAAGAAAAUCGAAGAGAGCUAGUUAACGCAGGUUCGGUUCCAGUAUUAGUAUCUUUGCUGUCAUCAUCUGACCCGGAUGUUCAAUAUUAUUGUACUACAGCAUUAUCAAAUAUCGCGGUUGAUGAAUCGAACAGGAAAAAAUUGGCUCAAACAGAGCCUCGCUUAGUAUCUAAGUUAGUCGCGUUAAUGGAUUCAACGUCAUCAAGAGUCAAAUGUCAGGCCACAUUGGCUUUAAGAAAUUUGGCGUCAGAUACAAGCUACCAAUUAGAAAUUGUAAGAGCCGGAGGAUUACCUCAUUUAGUUAAACUCAUUCAAAGUAAUUCCAUGCCAUUAGUUCUCGCAAGUGUUGCAUGUAUCAGAAAUAUUUCAAUACAUCCCUUAAAUGAGGGCUUGAUUGUUGAUGCGGGUUUCCUAAAGCCAUUGGUGAAACUAUUGGAUUACAAAGAGAGUGAAGAGAUACAGUGCCAUGCUGUUUCGACGCUGAGAAACCUGGCUGCAUCUUCAGAAAGGAAUCGCAAAGAAUUCUUUGAGAGCGGCGCUGUUGAAAAGUGUAAAGAAUUAGCGCUAGAUUCACCUGUUAGUGUACAAAGUGAGAUUUCGGCAUGUUUUGCAAUUUUAGCAUUGGCCGAUGUAUCCAAGUUGGACCUUCUAGAUUCUAAUAUUCUAGAUGCCUUAAUUCCAAUGACUUUCUCGAAUAACCAAGAAGUGUCCGGUAAUGCAGCUGCCGCUUUAGCCAAUCUCUGCUCCAGAAUUAAUAACUAUUCUAGGAUCAUAGAUGCUUGGGAUCAGCCAAAGGAUGGUAUUCGGGGAUUUUUGAUUAGGUUUUUACAUAGUGGCUAUGCCACUUUUGAGCAUAUUGCACUUUGGACAAUUCUCCAGCUUUUAGAAAGUCACAAUGAUAAAGUAGCCGAAUUGGUUAAAAGCGACUCAGAGAUUGUUGCAGCGGUUAAGAGGAUGGCCGAUGUUACGUUCAAUCGUUUGCAAGUCUUAUCAUCUGACUCAAAAAUGAACGAUAAUGAGCUAUCGAAUUCUAGAUCAUCUGAGCAAGUUGAAGAUGCUAGUGCAGAAUUAUACAAUAUAACCCAACAAAUUCUUCAAUUUUUAAACUAG